GGAACGUCAAUCAAGCUAACCUGAAGGCAGCUUGUAACCUUACGCCGACUUGCGCAAUGCGCAUGUCUCACAACGGACGGUGUCCUAAGCAAGAUUGUUGAAAACAUCUAAUAUUGUUCUCUUGUCGUCUACAUUCUGUGUUGAUGAUACCUAAAUUGGCCUCGGGUCACCUGCUGAUCACCCGCUUGGGCCGUUGUUUCAACAUCUUGCCUGGCCUCCUCUGACCGUCCACUGCUUUUCAUGCGCUACGGUCAAACCUAGCGGUAGCCCUAUGGCUUCCCAUUCGAACCCCUUAAGAUCUGUACGCUCUUUUCAGGUCGAGCGUUCUACAUCUCCUGAGCCAACGAUUCGCCCAAAGAGAGCCAGCACCAUCGAGAAUGGACCGCCUCCUGCAAGAAUGUCGGCCCUCCGAACGGCGUCUGGGACUGCGGUGAGGCAAGGAACCGAGGACCAUGUGCCCGACACCUUCGUCAGCAGCAGAAUCAGCGAGGAGAUAAUAGAGCCCCCGAGGGCCUCGGUUGACUUGGACGAUCUCCCCAUCGAACUCAUCAGCCUGACGGAUCGCUUCAUCGACUCGCUGUCGGCCAAAGUGCAUCCCAGCCCACCCAACAUCAACAAGCUUUCUCGUAUGUUCCAGGAAUUUUAUGCUACGGCUUCAACACAUAUUCAAACACACGUCGAUGCUCUGGCCACCCGCCAGAGACGUGAAGACGCCCCCUCCCUCUCAACCCGUGCUUCCGCUGCAAACCUGCUGCGUGGGAAGGCUGCGUCGCUGAGCACCAAGGAUAAAGCGAAAUCCAAAACCGCGCUGGUCAAGCGAGACUCGGAGCAACAAUUAUUGACGCCCGAGGAAUACGCAGCGCGGAAGAAGGCCCGGCGCGCGCUGGAACAGAAGAAGUCGUUACUGGAGGAGGCGGUGGAGCGGAGGUUAUGCGAAGGUGUCUACAACAAGAUCUACCGCCACCGGAGCACGCAGGACGAGGCGCAGGACGCCAAGCUCCGAUCCAAAACCGCCGCUCUCUCGGUAGUCGGCAUCGGCCCGGUGGAUCUAGGAGUCGAGCUCGGCACGGUCGACAAUGCCCCAGAAGCCGCCGCGACCGAGAAGCAGGAGGAGGUCAAGGCCUGGCUGGAGCCCGCGAGGAAAGAGCUGGUGUUGAUGAGCCAGUCAAGGUAUCCCCUGGGAAAGUUGAACCAUCUUAAAGCGGCCCACAAAAGCAUUAUUGACACGCUCUCGCACUUUCACCCCUCUUCUUCGGCCGACGAGCUCAUGCCCAUGCUCAUCUACACUCUCAUCACGCUCCCGCCUGAAAAUUUGAAUGCUAUCAGCGACGUGAACUUCAUCCAGCGCUUCCGCUGGGAGCAGAAGCUCUUUGGCGAAGCCGCCUACUGCCUCACCAACCUCGAAGCUACCAUCAGCUUCCUCGAAACGGUCGACCUCUCCACCCUUCGUGCCGACGAGACUCCCACCGGGCCACUCAAAGGAUCAGACUCCUCGCCGAAUCCGAAGGGCGACACCUUCCCCCCUGCCUUCUCGCCCAUGUCUCCCGGCCCAGCAACCCUGAGUCCCGACCCCUCGACAGACACGGCAUCAUCCAGGCUCAACGCAGGCCUCAAACAGUCUCCCGCUUCUCCCUCCCCCGCCGGCUUGCGCGCAACGGCCAAUGCCCAGCUCCGCGGCCCGCGUCGUCUUAGCGACCUGGUCCGCAAUACCCCUACCCCAGCACAAGCCCUCAACGCGGCCUCGGACGCAGUCAUCAACACAGCCGAUCAGGGACUCAAAACGAUUGGCACCUCGCUCGGUGACAGCUACAAGUUCCUCCUCGGCAAACUGCGCGAGCGCGCCCCGGACGUUUUUCUUACUAAAGAGGAAGACGGCAGCGGUGGCCAAGUGAUUGUCCCGAAAACUCUCGACGACGCCCGCAAACUCAUCGGCACGCCACCACCGCUCGGCGGCCUCGACGACGAACCUCCCGCCUCUAGUACACAUCUCCCGGGUCUCUCCCUACGCAGUCCCUCGCCAGAAGAAGAACCCGAACAGCGCCCGCCGCUGUUCAGCUUCAUUUCCACCACGACGCGCAAGGUCUCGCGCGAUCAUAGUGCUGAUUCGGCGCGCAGCGCCUCGUCGUCGUCUCGCAGGGGCGGUGGCGGCGGAGAGGAGGCGCAGCAGAGGAAGGGUUCCGAAAAUAGUGUUGGUGGGAGCGAGCGGGCGAGCGCAACGCAGGUUACCGCCACGGGGGCGUCGCUCGUGAUAUCAACCCCGCCCAUCAUGGAUUCGGUGCGGAACCUGGGGAAUUCGCUGAAUCCCAUGGCCAGGCUGUCGGCGGGGAUUGGGGGCCUCCGGGGGUUUGGGCGGUCGAGUGCCGCUGCCGCUGCUGCUGCUGGGGCGGGCUCGGGCAGGGCGCCGACGCCGCCGGCGAAGGAUAGAGAUGGGACGGGAAGGACAGUGACGGGGGUUGACGGGGGGGAUUUGGCUGCGGCCUUCCCGGACCUCGCCGUCGUCCUCCCGCCUCGCGAACACCCCAAGAUCUCCCCGCCUAACCAACGCUUCAUGGAGCUGCAGAACGCCGCUGACCUCAAGCUUGGCGAGGUUUUUGAACUGCUGAGGGAAUAUAAGCGGCUUGCCGGCGCGCUGAGGGAGAUGGAUGCUUUCAAGGAGUAGGAUGUUGUGUCUCGUGUAAGGUCUUCACUUUGGUUAUUUGCUUGAUCCAGCGUCAGCCUGGCAAGGGAUAGAGGAGUUGUUUUCUUUUGGCUUGGCUGGGUGCAUACAUGGGUUGGUUCAUCUUUCCAUCUUCCACUGGAAUGGCGACGGCGGAGGCCAGAUGGUGCGGGUGUAUCCUGUAGAUUUGGGUUGGAUAGAC